AACAUCUCGAAUAGACAGGACGUUAGACAAUUCUUGUUCAAACCUGAACCGUUAGAAACCCGCCCACCGCGAACGCGAGAUUUCUCCCGAGCACUGAGCCGAGCUCGAGUGCGCAACACCUGCGGCUAUUUGUAGAAAAAAAUCUAACCUACACGGAAAAUGAUCGUGUGUCAUCGGGGGUGUUAUUCUGGUCAGCGAACGAUAACAACAAAUCGUACGAGCAUUGUUGUCGACGACGCGUAAGUGUUGGGCAUCGGUCAAGUCGCGGUUUCCCCUUUGGCGUGUCGCGAGUGCGUAGAUACGCGUGACAAAGGAGCGACAAUCGCGAAAUACGUCGUACUGUACAGUUGUCCCUGGUUUUUGCACGCGAACCUGGAUGCAACAAUAACGUGAAGUGACGCGUCGCGCGCGCGAGCGAGCGAGCCAGCUGUUGUUUCUCGAGUCGAGAAAUGAAACAUAUGCUCGGGACUGUUGUCGAGAUUCAGUGUGAAAUACGGUGCAUGUAGUUGUGCCUCAUUGUUAUUAAUGCUCAGGAUAAAUCACUAACAAGGAUUAACACGCAAGUAUAUUCAAUAAUGUCAUCGAUUAACAGUAUCGACUCCCACGGAACAUUGCAGUGGGACAUGAUGGAGUUAGCACGCCAUUUGCGGCAGGAGAGAUUGUUUGUCAAUUCAGAACAGCAGAACCUUCAGACUCUUAAUGAAAGGGUCUUGUGUGUCUCAUCACAAUUAGCGCAGCAAGCGUGGGUAACAGCUCAGCAGAGAGUCAAUCUGAAUCGUCUCAUAGUAGCCAGACCAGAUUGCACUCCUGCGUCAUGUUGCCUACGAGCAAAUGCAUUGGAGAACUCACAUUUUAUCGACGCGUACAAAUACCUGCGUUAUCAAGCAUGUUUGUCCUACGGAGAGUUUCUGGGUGCCUUGCGGAAAUCACCAAAACUUCUGGCUUCAUGUUUGGUCGAAGGCGACAAGGUCAUACCAGAGUCGAUGCAAGCGAUUGUACAAUGUUUAGCCACCGGAUUAUACGGCAGCUGCCUAUUACCGGAGGACAAGAAUCUAGUUCUUCAAUUGCUCAGGCAUCUUAUGCUGCUGCAGAUCAUCCCAUCUGACAACCCGCGGAGAUUACUCAGACACGGCACGUGCGCAUUUUCAAGAUUCUACUCGAUCUUUCAUGAGAGCCUCUUCUCCGCCAAGUUCUUCUUAACGGCGGCCUUGCACAACCCCAUCGUGCAAUUACUCAUGGAAGACGAAAUGUUCCUGGACAUCGACCCAGAUAAGGCGCCUAUAAGGUUUCCACCUACGGAGAGAUUGAAGAAAUUCGGGAAGGAAGGCACGCCCGAGUAUCAGGCAAAGCUACAACGCUACCGGCUGUGGACGGUGAAUUCUCUGUAUCGCAUCACGCAACGCUUCAUCGUCAACAUUCGCGACACGAUGCACUGCUUUCCCAUGAGCGUUUGCUGGCUCGUAAGACAAAUGGCAGGGCUCCUCAGCAAGAACGGGAACGUGGACUCGAAGGAGGUGCAUGCCAUGUGCACUGAUCUCGUAUUCACGUACUUCAUCUGUCCGGCUAUCGUGAAUCCCGAACCUUACGGCAUCACUGACGCACCGAUAAGCUAUGUCGCCAGAUUUAAUCUCAUACAAGUCGGGCAGAUCUUGCAGAUGCUCUCACUGCAGAAGUACCAGAGCAUCGACAGCAAAGUCAUCGAUCUUUACAAGAAAUUUGAGAAGGACUCGGUAUCUUCCAUAAUAGACUCGAUGUUGGACGGCGCGACGGACGAAUUGGACGAGGAGCCAACGAUGAUCGACAAUAAUAAGCUUCAAGGCCUGUCACGAUCCGCGGCUCUUUUCACGGAGGCUGAAUUGAAUUUUUUAAUCACGUUUUUGAACACGAUCGACAUGAGCAACGGAGAAGCGGUACCGCACACGAGCACAUUCGAUAGGAAGCAAUUGGCGGAGAUGUUGUCCCAAUUACCCUCGGGCUUGUUGCACAACAACAAACUCGGCAACAACGAGUCUAUGGAGACACCGAAUAAGCGAGGUAUUAUCGCAGGGAAAGCAGGGAAAGGACGUGGUAUAAAGAUGUCAGCGUCAUUCUCCCCAAAUGUGACAGCCGAAGGUGGGGAGGAGAUCAAUGGCACCUCUGCUCCCGAAGAAGAAACUUUGGACAAGAAUACUCAGGAUGUACUAGUCAUCCCAUUCGGCCCAACAAUUGGGGAAUCUGUCGGACUACUCAGCGAACAGAAAGUUUUAUGCAUGGAGCUCCAAAGUGGUAUGAAGAAUGGGCCUGUUACUCUGAAUCUCCCCGAUGACGCAUCUGCUGAACACACCAGGCAAGAGAGCGGCAAUGUCGAGCGUAUCGAAACGCAAGAGAAGAGGACUCGAUUUUCGCUGUCACAUGAUGAAGUAUUGUUCGAAGGGUCAAUUGGUAAUACGUCUGAUAAUCUGGAAGCUGUGUCAGAAGCUGCUUCCAAUCACAGUGUCGCUUCGUCUCUCGAGUUAGAGACGGAAGAUCAAAAUGAUAAUCUCUCAGACAUGGUAUCGGCUAAUGUAUCAGGAAGAGGAACUCCAAAUAUAUCAGGUCGAGACACACCGUCGUCUCAAAUCACUGAAGGGGACGAUGGUCGUGCUGCAGGUGAAGUGAGGCAAUUGGAUUUGCCGCCGCCUAAUAUUCCAACUAAACAAAGCCGAUCUGAGAUUGACGACAAGUUUUGUAAAUUCGAGAUUAAGAAGCUUAUUGAAGGAGAUGAAACUGUUUCCAUGGUAUCUGAUACUUGGUCUACGGACGUGUUGGCCUCAGAUAGUGAGAUAGUUGAGCAACAAGAUCGAAUGCCGCUUCCUGUUCCUCCCGAACAAGUCCCACCUGUUCUGCCCGCCGAGCCUACGCCGACCAUGUUGGACAUCAGCGAGACCGCUUCUGAAGCCUGGAGUACAGAUGUGCUGGCCAGCGAUUCCGAGAGAUUGACUGAAGUCGACACGGAUGACACUGCCAGUGUCGCUAGAUCUGACGACACAGCUCGAUCGGAGAUCGAAAUCGAAAGUCGCGCUGAUUCUGAGGGAAACGAAGAGACACUUCAGUCCGCAACACCAUUGAUUCCAGGUCCAGACGGCCCGGGUAUCAGUUUCCCCUCAGCCUCGGGUAUUCGAGAGGACUCUAACACACGUGCUGCAGCGGCAGUGGCUCUAUCCCCGACGGCAUCCCCGUUACCUUCGUCGUCCAAUGUAACGGGUCGCGGAGGAACCAAAUCCGACUACCGACGCAGCACCAUGGAGUAUGUGGACAAGAACGCAAACAACAUUAACAAUGUGGAUUACGGUAAAUCGUUGCGAGAAGACAGACUGGUCCAUUUGAUAGAUAAGCUCCAAAUCGACAACGGUAAGCAUCAAGUCGAGCGUCCGGGAACAGCGCACAAUCACAUCGUUGCGGCUGCAGUCGCACCAGCGUUACUGUUAGCUAAUCAUAUUUCUGCGCCUGUUUUGCCAGAGAAACCCCAGAACGGUGAUGCGAAAGCUGAGGAGUUGGACGGUUGCAUGGCGUCCGUUGGAGACGCUGUGGGCCGACUGAGCACGGCCAGUUUAACAUCUAGCAGUAGUUCGGGAUCGGAGCCGCGUAUGAAGAGCAACACGUCGGCGUCGGAUUUGCCGUUACCGACGCCAGCGGUCAACGGUAAUUGCGACGUAAUAGACGGCUCGAGCCCUAGCUUCUCCAAACCGAGCGCGUCGACCGGUGCUAUCCCGAAAAGCAUAAGUUUCGACAUGACGGCCGAGCGCGGCGACAAGGAGCUGUUGGACGACGACCAGAAGAACAAGCGCAGUUUCUUCGGAAAAUUGAAGCUUUCACUGAGGAACCGCAGAGGCAAAGCAAUUCGCGGGACCGAUGACAGGUGCUACGACCGAGAGGGCGGCGGCGACGGCGUCGAUAUAUGCAGGCAUAGAUUACGCAGGAUUAUGUCGGAAGAUGUUACUUCAGCUAGUAACGUUGCAGGAGAUACCACCGACGACAUAUUAGCAAAGUACAGAAGGAAACCAAGCGCGACUAGUGACACAGCCUCGGUGGAGAGCAAUCAGUCUCGUACAAAGGAGGUGGAGGACGAGAGAUUAUUCAUCGAUCCGAAUAAUGUGGAGAUGUCUUAUGCUUUCGCGGAUGCUAAGAGGAAAUUACGUAUGGUACUUAGUACCGCAGAUCUCCAACACAUUCCGUGGAAUACUUCUGAGGUAUUGCUUACUGAGAGGCACUGUUGGCUCCAGAAAGAGAACGAGCUAGUCGCCUUUUUGCAACUGCAGCUGGCAGAAGCUAUAAAUUUGCAGGACAGAGCAUUAAUUGCUCACUUGCACGAGACCUUACGUUGCGUGCGGCUGUUUAACGACGAAGGAUGUAGGAAGCUCUUCAAGUCCUUGCGAGAGGAUUAUCAGAAGCGCUCUCCUUAUAUCGCAUAUUUAAUCAGAUGUCGUCAAGGCUUAUUGUCGACACUAGCUCACUUAGAUAGGUUAUGCGUGCGAGUCAAAUGCGACCGAGAUGCUGUCAAUAAUCACCUGGUGUCCGUCUGUGUAAGGGUGUUCUUGGAGAAAAGAGAGGCUUUCAUCUUGCGUUUCUGCGAUGAAUUCAAGAAGCUCACGCUGGCCGACGAGAAGCAAGAUCUCGUGGACAACUUUUUGGGGAAGGUGCACGCCGAGAUGGAUAACGACCCGAUCUGGCAAUCGGCUAGUACUAGCCAAUUAGAUCUGGCAAGAGCCGUAGUAGAAAGGACCGUGAUGGCGCGAGUGUACCACAAUGCGCUCUAUCCGAAUGGAGACGGGGAUGUAUAUAGGGACCAGCUCCUUCACGAUCACAUCAAGAAGUUGGCGAAGGUCGUAACUCCAAAUCACAAGGACCUACGUAUUCCAAAGGUCUAUCAUUACGAAUGCCCUUGGCCGUGGGCGCAGGCUGAAUUGGCUGUGAUAUCGGCGUAUAAGACUCCUAGGGAUAAGCUGCAGUGUGUGUUUCGUUGCGCGACAACCAUCAUGAAUCUCCUCUCCAUGGCGUCGGAAAGGGGAAUACCCGCCGCCGAUGACCUGAUUCCAGUGCUAGUCUAUGUCAUAAUCAAGACUAAUCCACCGUCAUUGCUAUCGACUGUUCAAUACGUAGACAGCUUUUAUGGGAACCGCUUGGAGGGCGAGGAACAAUACUGGUGGACGCAGUUUUGCUCCGCGAUCGAGUUUAUUAAGACAAUGGAUUAACAGUUUCUCAGGAGUAUUACGAUAAAUGCGAUUAGACCCGACACUGGUGAUAAUGUAGAAACAUUGUAUCAUAACCGUAAUUUGGCGAUUUCGUAAAAACGAAAAAAAAGAAUGGAAGAACAGACCAAUAUCUUGUGUAAAGCUAGCUGAAUAGUGUUUUAUGCUUCCGGUAUCUUGAUUAUAACUAAUCUUAAAUAGCAGUCUAACGAUUACUUCUUUCGCACGUAUUACGUAACAUUAGCAAAGACUGAAUAUCAGAUUGUACGUAAGGUAUGGCUUUAUCUUUAUUUGUAACUCUAUUGUACAAUUUCACAGAACAUCGAAAGAAACGUUUAGAGAUAUUAUUAUUCUAUAAUUUAUGUGUAAACAAUACAGAAGCUGUAGAAUUGAUAACCAUUUAGCAGGAUAAA